GGCGGGGCUCCCGGGAGGGACGCCGCGGCGGGUCUGGCAACCGGGCCCAGUGCGCGGAGCCGGCUGGCGGCGGAGGGAGUGGGGCCAUGGCGGGCUGCUGCGCGGUGCUGUAUGCCUUCCUGUUCGAGUAUGACACGCCCCGAAUCGUGCUCAUCCGCAGCCGUAAAGUGGGGCUCAUGAACCGCAUGGUGCAGCUGCUCAUCCUAGCCUAUGUCAUCGGGUGGGUGUUUGUGUGGGAAAAGGGCUACCAGGAAACAGACUCUGUGGUCAGUUCAGUUACGACCAAAGCCAAGGGUGUAACCAUGACCAACACCUCUAAACUUGGAUUCCGGAUCUGGGAUGUGGCCGAUUAUGUGAUUCCAGCUCAGGAGGAAAGCUCCCUCUUCAUCAUGACCAACUUGAUCAUCACCAUGAACCAGACCCAGGGCCUCUGUCCUGAGAUUCCAGAUAAGACCACCACCUGUGAAUCAGAUGCCAACUGUACUGCUGGCUCUUCAGGCACCCACAGCAACGGCGUCGCCACAGGAAGAUGUGUGCCCUUCAAUAAGACUCUGAAGACGUGCGAGGUGGCAGCCUGGUGCCCGGUGGAGGAUGAUGCACAAGUGCCAAAGCCUGCUUUUUUAAAGGCUGCAGAAAACUUCACUCUUUUGGUUAAGAACAACAUUUGGUAUCCCAAAUUUAAUUUCAGCAAGAGGAACAUCCUUUCCAACAUCACCACCGCCUACCUCAAAACAUGUACUUACGAUGCUAAAACAGAUCCCUUCUGCCCCAUAUUCCGUCUUGGCACAAUAGUCGCAAAUGCGGGGCACAACUUCCAGGACAUGGCCGUCGAGGGAGGCAUCAUGGGCAUCCAGAUCAAGUGGGACUGCAACCUGGACAGAGCCGCCUCCCACUGCUUGCCCAGGUACUCCUUCCGCCGCCUGGACACCCGGGACGUGGACCACAACGUGUCCCCAGGCUACAAUUUCAGGUUCGCCAAGUACUACAAGGACCAGACGGGGGCUGAGUACCGCACGCUCAUCAAAGCCUAUGGCAUUCGCUUCGACAUCAUCGUGUUUGGAAAGGCUGGGAAGUUUGACAUCAUCCCAACCAUGAUCAACGUGGGCUCCGGCUUGGCGCUCCUAGGGGUGGCGACAGUGCUGUGUGACGUCAUUGUCCUCUACUGCAUGAAGAAAAGAUACUACUAUCGGGAGAAGAAAUACAAAUAUGUGGAAGAUUACGAGCAGGGUCUUGGCAGUGAGGUGGACCAGUGAAGCCCAUGCCGCACGUGGGCUCCCCAGGGCCCUCAUCAAAGCACAACGAGAAGGGAGAAAAAGCUGCCGUGUCACCCCAGAGAGAGUUCCAGAUUCUGAGUCAGUCUCCACGAGGACUACGGGGUUGCCCAGCUGCUCCCAUGUCUUGUACGCAGUUUGCACAGUAAACACUCUGCACAGCGGGUCACCUUUUGUCCGUGGGCAAUCACCUCAGCUGUUCCUUCAGUUUGGGGUCACUGGGACAAGCUCCAGGUCCAAGGCCAGUGACACUGCUGUGGCUACAGGACUUGGCAGGGGUGGGGGGGAACCUUCUCCAGGAUCAGCUUUCCUCUGAGGCGCCCACCUCCAGCCCCCUGUGAGGCCUGGCAGCUCAGUUCCCGCACUUUAGAAGGGAAGGUGGCUGCCCGGGCGUGCCCUCCGAACACCUGCCCGCUCUUCCUCUUCCCCCAGCAGCCUCUUCAACCACCUGGUCACGAGGCGGAGGGAGCGUUUCCCCUUUGAGAAGCUUGACAUGGUGAUGAUUGAGGACCAAAUAUUAAAACAAAUCAUUUUCUUAA